AUGGCACCUACGGCUGAGGACAUAGAAGACGAGAUCAGGAACGAGAAGAACCCCCCUCCCCUCGACGAGGACGACAUCGCCCUCCUCAAGACCUAUGUACGUCCCAAGGAGAUUUUUUCCCUUAUUAUUCCAUGUUUAUUGCUCUCCUUUUGCGGUCGAGUUUAGUUUGGCGACUAGGGUGGUUCCCUGUGGUGUUUUUUGGCGCGCAUUCUGUGCCUAGCAAGGCACAGAGGAUUUUCUUGUUUGCUUUGUAGUUGUUCGUCUCCAAUCUGCGGCUAGGGUUUCGUAUUUCUUCUUUAGAAAAGAAGCCUACGUUUCUUUGGCGACCCUGCUGGUUCUGGCCGUUACCGUCAUUUGACCCAGAUAAACUUUUUUGUCGUUGAUCCCUUGUGGGGCUUGUAAUGUGGUUUCAGUCGCCUUCGAUCCUCAUACACUUCAUUUUUUUUCUCUCCCGCGUUGAUAUUUUCGUUCCAGAUCUGGGUUUACUGGGAGAUCACAAGUUGAACGUCGCUCUAUUUUGCGUUAUUUUUCAGCUAUUGUCCUUUGAAGGAACCUUGAUCUCGUUUAAUAUUUUUAUAUACCGUUCUGUAUCGAUUGUUUCCAUUACAGGGCUUGGGACCGUACUCAACCAACAUUAAGAAGGUGGAGAAGGAAAUUAAGGAAAUGGCUAAGAAAAUAAAUGAUCUAUGUGGUACUCCCAUGAACAUUUUCUCGAGUUUUUCUUUUAUUUUAUUUUGUUAUUCUAAAUGAUCUGCUCAAUAUAACUCUAUCCAUUUGAAUAAACGUUAUCAAUCUAUUGGAAGGGAUGCUAUUUUGUCAGGAUCACACUGAAAAACUGUCGGCGACAGUAAAGAGAAUAAGGUUGCUCCGAUUUUGAAUUUGGAGAGGGUAGAGGUCUUUCUAUGGGAGGGUAAUUUUUUUGGUUGAGCUGAAGGGGGAAGACGUACAUUAUUUUUCAUUGUGGUCAGUAAAAGGUGGGAUAAAUGCAUGUAGAAUUACUAUACCUGGAAAGGGAUUUUGAAUGUUGCCUCCUUGUCGUUGUGAUUAGCUUCAUGAUGUUCCCUACGCUCAUAUUGCUUAUGGUUCGGCCUUGCUUUAAUUAGAGGCAUUGCAGGACAUCGUAUACCUUACUCCAAGCCAGAAAUCGGCCUAGUAACGUUAUGAUUUUAUUAGUCGUCCUUGUCACAUAUUCUAAAUGACUCACACACACACAUGCGAACACCCUCCAAGAAGAAGCAUGCAUUUAGUGAAUUUUGUGAAUCAUAAGUUGCUGCUUUCUAAGGAUAUAUGAUUUUAACAUUGAAAGAGAAUCUUUUAUUUGAUUUACAUUUCAAAGCCAGUGGGAUGGGUUUUAUAUCUCUAAAUAGACAAAAAAUUUCUGGCUCUUCUGCCACAACACUUUAUGAACCCAUUUUUUGGCUAGGAUGAUAAUUUUUCAUUUUUCAGUAAACAAUCAAUUUGAUUAGAAGUGGAAUUGAUGUUUAAAACUAAGUGGAAAGCAAGAUAUUACUCUAUUUUCUAUAGGAUUUAUUUUCAUUUUUAAGUUUUUUCAUUGUUAUAUUCUUUGGUAUAAUUAGAUAUACAUUUCAUAUGCAUAUGACAUUUAAUAUUAGUUUAUUAAAAAAAUACAGUAUUUAGAUGUAUAAAAACGAAAUAAUAUUUUAGGCGCUCUUAUAUAUAAAUUGAUUGCCUCUCUAAGUUUCUUGGACUUUGAAUUAGAAUAUUGAUGAAAAUUGUAUUUGUAUUGAGAUUCGGAUCUUUUUCUUUCCAUUUUCAGACAAAUGCCAGUUGCUACCAUUUGUAUGGCGUAUGCAUUUAGUCGUUCUUCUGCAAUGCAUUUUGUUCAUUUUCAAAACCCAGUUGCUACCAUUUGUUUCUAGUCUUUACUGGUACUUUUUCUGGCAGCUAUAGUUAUGGUAUAAACUCUUUCUUUUUUUCAGAAUGCUGGAAUCUUUUUUCUUAGCAGAAGAAAAUCUGUAUAUAUUUGUGUUGUAUAUAGCAAUGACGAUGGCGAAUAUAAAUUGCUACAAUAUUCCAUCCCGGAUAUCAUCUAAGGAAAGAAUGCCCUCUUGGGUUAAAAUAUAAUAAAAUGAUGUUUCUUAAUAUUUAAGAAUAUCAUUAAAUAUUUUUAUAAGAAAGGAAAGGUACUGGAUGAUUCAGAGUUGAAAUUUCAAUAGUGGAUGUAUUGCUGUUUUAGGUAAAUGUUUAGUUUUUCAUUUCUCUUUUCAUUUGGUUAGCCCAUAAGUAAGGCUAUCCAGUGUUAUUGGUUGUUAUUGACUGGAAAGGUCAUUCAUCGUUGUCCUGGUUUUUUCUUCAUAGCCUGGUUGUCUUUGACAUGAGUCUUUUUUCUCCUUCAAACAGGAAUCAAGGAAUCUGACACUGGUUUAGCCGCACCAAGUCAAUGGGAUUUAGUUUCUGAUAAGCAGAUGAUGCAGGAGGAACAACCACUUCAGGUGAUGCGCAAUAGGACUGGUUGGAUUUCUUAGUCAUCAAUUUUCACCUUGCAUUCGUCUAAUUUUGCAUUUUUUUAUCAUCACAAAGGUUGCGAGGUGCACCAAAAUAAUUAACCCAAACACAGAGGAUGCCAAGUAUGUCAUCAAUGUCAAGCAGAUUGCAAAGGUAUGUACAUAUAUUUUUUGUCAUUCUCAUGGUUCUGACUGAUUCUGAUUAAUAUAACUUCACGUGCCUGACUCUGUUUAAAUUCCUGAUUUCAGUUUGUUGUUGGCCUGGGUGACAAAGUUUCCCCCACUGACAUUGAAGAGGGCAUGCGAGUAGGGUAAGAUACUUCUCUACUCAUUCGGUUUGGUGGCCUUUUUUGUGGUGUGCAAUUACGCCGUUGAAGAAGUUCUAUUGCUCCCUGAAUUGUUUUAUCGGAAUAUGUCAUAGGCAUAAGUUCUGUUCAAUAUGGAUCUUCGCUGGCAUUGGUGUCUUCUUGUGGAAUGAUAAGAAAUCCGUGUCAAAUUAUUUCUCGCUGUUUAAUGAAGAUAUAUUUAUAUAUUUGUCCUAGAGUGAUGUUUGAUUAGCUUUUUGUCCUUUAAGCUUUAUGUGAACUAUUUAUUUUCUCUUUAUUAUUUUUUCUGAUUUUAUUUUUUAUUCAGAGUGGACCGGAACAAGUAUCAAAUUCAGAUUCCCUUGCCACCCAAGAUCGAUCCCAGCGUCACAAUGAUGACCGUGGAAGAGAAGCCUGACGUCACAUAUAAUGAUGUUGGAGGCUGCAAGGAGCAGAUUGAGAAAAUGAGAGAAGUACGUUUACAGCAAUGGCUCUUCAGUCUGCUCUCCUAAGGCUAUUUCUUUCUGGGCCAUCCUAUGCUGUGUAGUUUGAGGCUUAAUGUGAUGCAUAUUAUCUCUCUCUUCCAGGUCGUUGAGCUUCCCAUGCUCCAUCCAGAGAAAUUUGUGAAGCUUGGAAUUGAUCCUCCCAAGGGGGUUCUCUGCUAUGGCCCCCCAGGAACAGGGAAAACGCUCCUGGCAAGAGCAGUAGCCAAUAGAACAGAUGCAUGCUUUAUCCGUGUCAUUGGAAGCGAGCUUGUUCAGAAGUACGUUGGAGAAGGAGCUCGGAUGGUCCGUGAACUAUUCCAGGUCGUCAACUGCUGCAUUUAGCUGUCAUAAAUUUGUGGUUUUUCUGAAUUCUACUGAUAAUAAAUAAGCCCCCCUCUUCCCCCCACUUCAUCAUCAUCAUCUCACACGUCCUAUUUAUCAUCUUGGAAUCGACCUUGUGUCGCAGAUGGCCCGCUCGAAGAAGGCCUGCAUCGUCUUCUUUGAUGAGGUGGAUGCUAUUGGCGGUGCCCGCUUUGACGACGGUGUUGGCGGUGACAAUGAAGUCCAGCGCACGAUGCUUGAGAUUGUGAACCAGCUUGACGGGUUUGAUGCUCGUGGGAACAUCAAGGUUUUGAUGGCCACAAACAGGUGACCCUAUUAAAUUUCUUUUUUUUUUCCCUUCUUUCUGGUCAUCUAAUAAUCGUCAGCCAAUUUUGGCAAAGUCAUGGAAUGAUUGAUAUGGGAGAUCCAGUGAGUGAAGUGAUCUCUUGCUAGUAAUUAAUAGAUUGUCUCUGACUAACCCUACCCAUGCAAAGAAUCCUUCGUGUCUUUGGAUUCUCUUCUUCCUCUGGUCAAUGAACAGCUUUCCCCCCUCUUUGGUUUUCUUCCUGAAAUAGGCCCGACACCUUGGACCCGGCACUGUUGCGGCCAGGGAGGCUGGAUCGGAAGGUCGAGUUCGGGCUGCCCGACCUGGAGAGCCGGACCCAGAUAUUCAAGAUCCACACUAGAACAAUGAACUGCGAGAGAGAGAUCCGGUUCGAGCUGCUCGCCCGUCUCUGCCCCAAUUCCACGGGUAUGCUUCAAACGAGAGACAGAACACUGCGUGAAUCUAACCCCCCACCCUAAACCAAUCCUUUUUUUUCUUUUUCUUUUGUGGGAUUGAAUUUCUGGGGCUUUCCCUGUGAGAACAGGAGCGGACAUUAGGAGCGUUUGCACCGAGGCCGGGAUGUUCGCCAUCCGGGCGCGGAGGAAGACGGUGACCGAGAAGGACUUCCUCGAUGCGGUGAACAAGGUCAUCAAGGGCUACCAAAAGUUCAGCGCAACCCCCAAGUACAUGGUCUACAACUAA